AUACAUCUACUCACUACUUGUCGCCUUGUCGGAACCCAAACCAGAACCAGAACUAGAAGGAGCAGAGGAAGCUCAAUAUGUCGGUCUCACCUGUCAAUAUUUCUUCGUGUGCACAGCCACUGUGGAAUUCAAAGAAGUUCAUUAAACCCUCGGCAUUCACGAAGAAGCUGAAUCCCAGCAGCACAAGAGUGCGUUUGGGAAACAAUCAUGGGGUUAGAGCUUUUUUCUCCAAUCCGAUUGAAGAGCCCAUUGUCAAAAAAGCGCUUCAGGAGCCGGUUGCUUUCAUGGGAGGGAUGUUUGCGGGACUUCUACGACUUGAUUUGAAUGAUGAUCCGCUCAAGGAGUGGGUUUCCAGGACUGUGGAAGCGUCAGGGAUUACAGUGGAAGAAGUUGAUGCUAACGGAUCAGACCCUGAAGAAGAAACCCCGCAGCAGAUUGAGAUUGAAUAACAUCCUUAUUUCUCUUCAUGUACACAACACCAGGCAACCUUUCAUUGGAUUAUUAAGCAUGUAACUAUGAGUUGCUGGAAUAAGGUCCACUCACAGCUCAAUCAUAGUAUCGUUGUAAAUCGUAAGCAUCAUUAUUCUUAUGUAUUUGUAGCUGGGAGUGCUCUCAACAUUCAGUAUUAGCUACUUGCAUUCUGUACUCACUGUGAAAAAAGAAAAUGAAGUAUAGAAGAUUUAGUUUAGAGUACAGGAGGCUGAAUUGAGGAGAGCCAAUAGCAGUACCUGUUGUAAGUGUGAACAAAAAGCAUAAGCUCAUCUGUAGGAUCAUGCUUGUUUACAAAGUUAAGAAAUUUUUAUUUCUAAGCUCUGAUGAUCAUUAGGCAAUCAU